CCCGCCCGCCCCUAUUGUUCCGCCCCCCGCCUCCCGCCCUUCCCCUUCCCGCCUGCUCCCCUUUUCCCCUCAGUCGCCCCGCGCCUGCAGUUUUUGGCUUUCACCCCCACCAGUGACCAAAGACUUGACCACUCAAAGUCCAGCCCCUCAGAACACUGCUCGACAUGGACACCAGUGUGAUUGAAGGUGGAUUAAAUGUCACUCUCACCAUCCGGCUACUUAUGCAUGGAAAGGAAGUUGGCAGUAUCAUCGGAAAGAAAGGAGAAUCAGUUAAGAAGACGCGCGAGGAGAGUAGUGCACGUAUCAACAUCUCAGAAGGGAAUUGUCCCGAGAGGAUUAUCACUUUGGCUGGACCCACUAACGCCAUCGUCAAAGCCUUUGCUAUGAUCAUUGACAAACUGGAAGAGGACAUCAGCAGCUCUAUGACCAAUAGUACAGCUGCCAGUAGACCCCCAGUCACCCUGAGGCUGGUGGUCCCUGCUAGUCAGUGUGGCUCUCUCAUUGGGAAAGGUGGUUGCAAGAUCAAGGAAAUAAGAGAGAGUACAGGGGCUCAGGUCCAGGUGGCAGGGGAUAUGCUCCCCAAUUCAAUUGAGCGGGCCAUCACUAUUGCUGGCAUUCCGCAAUCCAUCAUUGAGUGUGUGAAACAGAUCUGCGUGGUCAUGUUGGAGUCCCUCCCUAAGGGUGUGACCAUCCCGUACCGGCCCAAGCCGUCAAGUUCUCCGGUCAUCUUUGCAGGUGGUCAGGCCUAUACCAUUCAAGGACAGUAUGCCAUUCCACAGCCAGAUUUGACCAAGCUGCACCAGUUGGCAAUGCAACAGUCUCAUUUUCCCAUGACGCAUGGCAACACCGGAUUCAGUGGCAUUGAAUCCAGCUCUCCAGAGGUGAAAGGCUAUUGGGGUUUGGAUGCAUCUGCUCAGACUACUUCUCAUGAACUCACCAUUCCAAACAAUUUGAUUGGCUGCAUAAUCGGGUGUCAAGGCGCCAAAAUCAAUGAGAUCCGUCAGAUGUCUGGGGCGCAGAUCAAAAUUGCGAACCCAGUGGAAGGAUCUACUGAUAGGCAAGUUACCAUCACUGGAUCUGCUGCCAGCAUUAGCCUGGCUCAGUAUCUAAUCAAUGUCAGGCUUUCCUCGGAGACGGGUGGCAUGGGGAGCAGCUAGAACAAUGCAGAUUCAUCCAUAAUACCUUUCUGCUGUUCACCACCACCCAUGAUCCAUCUGUGUAGUUUCUGAACAGUCAGCAAUUCCAGGUUUUAAAUAGUUUGUAAAUUUUCAGUUUCUACACACUUUAUCAUCCACUCGUGAUUUUUUAAUUAAAGCGUUUUAAUUCCUUUCUCUGUUCAGCUGUUAAUGCUGAGAUCCAUAUUUAGUUUUAUAAGCUUCUCCCUGUCGUGGGUUUUUUU